AACAGCCCGUUCUGGGUUCGUCUGGAAGCGAAAAUAGGCUACCAUAAUCGAUUAUGCAAGUCACAUAAUCGAUUAUGGGCUUAUAUAAUCGAUUAUUCAACAUAAUCGAUUAUGCUCCAACAUAAUCGAUUAUGUGGCAUGCAUAAUCGAUUAUGCUUCAACAUAGUCGAUUAUGUAGGUUGCAUAAUCGAUUAUGCUUGGUUCCUCUGCAUGCAUGGGGCAGGGACAUUUCUGAUUUUUCACAAAUUGUACGUGUCUUUCAUCUCUUUUCUUCGCUUUUGUGCGAGGACAGCAACAGUGCUUCUCUCCCUUUUCUUCGCCUUUCUUUCGUUGCAAAUCACUGAAAACAAACAUCUAUUUUCUUCGCCUUUCAUUACUCGUAAACUGUAAAUCACCGGAAAUAAACACUACCUAAGAGUUAGUGGUUUAUUCAAUUUGAACCUAUAAUCUACUUCCAUUGCAAAGUGCACAUUGCGAAAGACUCGUGUAAUAGGGGUGAAUGAUGAUCGUUUCCUUAAUUCAAACUGAAAACUUGCGGGCCCCUUCACAAAAGUCUCAGUCCCAAUGCUGAACCUGUGGUGUCGGAUGCAAAAGCCUCAACUCCACUCCUUCAUCAGACCCAUCACAACUCUUACACCUCCACACGCUAACACCACCCACUCUGUCUUCUUCGACAACCGCCAAAUCCACGCUUUCAUAAAAAGCAGGAACCUCAACGCUGCACUUGCACUGUUCCGCAGCAUGCCACUGCGAGAUACCGUCACCUACAACUUGAUCAUUUCCGGGUUCCACAAGCAACCCAAUCAUGCUCUUCGUUUCUACGCCGAAAUGGGUUUGCUUGGGAUAAGGGAAAGCUCGAUCACGCUCUCCUCUCUAGUAGUGGUUUGCACCAAUGAUGGGUUUUUAAGAGAGGGUGUUCAGGUGCAUUGCAGAGUGGUCAAGCUCGGGUUUUUAUGCAACGUGUUCGUUGGCGGUGCGCUUGUUGGGUUUUACUCGCACGUGGGGCUAAGGGGGGUGGCACUGGAAUUGUUUGAUGAGUUGCCAGAGCGAAAUUUGGCUGUGUGGAACGUGAUGCUACGUGGGUUGUGUGAACUGGGUCGUGCUGAAGUUGAGGACUUGUUGGGGUUUUACUCUCGGAUGUGUUUUGAAGGUGUGAAGCCAAAUGGGGUUACGUUUUGUUAUUUGCUUAGGGGGUGUGGUAAUCAGAGACGGUUGCAUGAAGGGAAGAGGAUUCAAGGGUGUGUUUUGAAGCUGGGUUUGGUGGAAUCAAAUGUAUUUGUUGCUAAUGCUUUGGUGGAUUUUUACUCUGCUUGUGGCUGUUUGGUUGGUGCAAGGAAGUGCUUUGAGGACAUAGGAAAUGAGGAUGUUAUUUCGUGGAACUCGCUGGUUUCUGUUUAUGCGGAGAACGAUUUGUUGUGUGAUGCUUUGGAGGUGUUUAGUGUUAUGCAGCUGUGGGGGCAAAGGCCCUCGGUUCGUUCUUUGGUGGGUUUGUUGAAUUUGUGCAGUAGAAAUGGAGAGCUUUGUUUGGGGAAGCAGGUUCAUUGUCGUGUGAUGAAGUUGGGUUUUGAUGAAGUGAGUGUGCAUAUUCAGUCUUCUUUGAUUGAUAUGUAUGGAAAGUGCAGGGACAUUGAGAAUUCUGUUGCUGUUUUUGAAUGCCUUCCCAAGAGAACUUUGGAGUGUUUCAACUCAUUGAUGACCUCUUUGUCUCAUUGUGAUGCGGUUGAUGAUGUGGUUGAAUUGUUUGGUUUGAUGAUUGAUGAGGGUCUUCUGCCGGAUGAAGUAACCUUAUCAACAACACUGAAGGCUGUGUCAGUGUCUGCUUCAGCAAGCUUCAUGAGUUCCCAGUUACUGCAUUGUUAUGCAUUAAAGUCUGGACUUGGAGGAGAUGCUGCAGUUGCAUGCUCCCUCAUGGAUGCAUAUUCAAGAUGCGGGCACGUGGAACUUUCUCAUCAAAUUUUCUUGAGACUUCCUUCUCCCAAUGCUAUUUGCUUGACAUCCAUGAUCAAAGCAUAUGCCCAAAAUGGAAUGGGGAAAGAGGGAAUUGCGGUGCUUGAAGCUAUGAUCGAGAGGGGACUAAAGCCAGAUGCAGUUACCUUCUUAUGUGCAUUAACGGGUUGUAACCACACAGGAUUAGUUGAGGAAGGAAGAACAGUCUUUGACUCCAUGAAAUCUAUUCAUGGGGUCGAUCCAGAUUGCCGCCAUUUUUCUUGCAUGGUGGAUCUUUUAUGCCGUGCAGGACUUCUACAUGAAGCUGAAGAGUUUCUACUUCAGGCACCAGGAAAAGGAGACUGUUUUAUGUGGAGCUCUUUGCUAAGAAGUUGCAGGGUCCACAAGAAUGAAGAGGUUGGAACAAGAGCAGCACAAGUGUUAGUUGAGCUAGAUCCGCAUGAUCCCGCAGUGUGGUUGCAAGCUUCAAAUUUUUAUGCUGAAAUUGGAAAUUUUGAUGCAUCAAGGCAAAUCAGAGAGGUUGCUCUAGCAAGGAAGAUGACUAGGGAGAUUGGUCAUAGUUUAAUUGAGAUAAGACAGUGACUGGGGAAAAUAGAGUUCCUGAAUU